AUGUCAUAUCCUGAUAAGCGGAGCGAGGAGGAAUGGCGCGCCGUGUUGAGUCCCGAGCAAUUCCGAAUCCUUCGUGAAAAGGGCACCGAACGCCCCUUCACAGGCGCCUACGAUGCCCACUACCCAAGUCUUGGAGUGUACACCUGCGCAGGCUGCAACGCCCCGCUGUACAAGGCGAGCCACAAGUUCAAAUCUGGCUGCGGUUGGCCCGCGUACUUUGACAGCGUCCCGGGGGCCGUGACGCGACACGUCGACAACUCGUUUGGCAUGGAGCGCACGGAGAUCGUGUGCAGCAACUGCGGGGGGCAUCUGGGCCAUGUCUUCAAGGGGGAGGGGUACGAUACCCCGACGAAUGAGCGGCACUGUGUGAACAGCGUCAGUCUACGGUUUACGGAGGAUGAGAAUGCAGAAAGUAAUGCUAAGGCUUGA